UUUUAAUCGUAAAUUUUCUGAUUGAAAUUGUUUCUGGGUUUGAUUGUAGUGUGUUUCAAACAAGGAAAAGUAAAGUUUUUGUAGUGUGUUUGUUUUUGAUUGUUCACUUUUGAUCUGUGAAAUUGGGUUUGAUCUAUUGUUUUCUGAUCUGCAUCUUUUGUCAUUUCGAUUUUGUGAUUGCUUUUUUGUUGCAUCCUUUAGAUAAGUUUCUUUAUGAACAGUUCGUUAUAGUUUGAAAAAGAGUCACAGGGUUUCUGAGUAUUUGAUUUCUCUGAAUGAAUUUUGGUCUGUGGUGUUUAAUUGAACUGAUUUGCAGAAAGUGCUGGAUUAUUCAGUUUUGUUUUGCUGGUCGGGAAGCUGGAUAAGCAACAUGUCCACUGCUUUUCCGUUUCCGGAAGCCUCCAUCAACAUCACCCUUUUCUCUUCGCCGACAUCAGGUUGAUCAUUGGGUGAAGUAGAAGACAAGUGCUUUAGCUUAGAAUGUCUUUGAGCUUGCUCAGAGACAUGAAUAAAAAUUUUACUUGAAGCGGCACAUGACUGGAAGCUUUCCACUCCAUGCAAGCCACUACCACAGUUUAUAAAAAUGUCGGAAGAACCAGAGUAUCGUUGCUUUAUUGGUGGCCUUGCCUGGUCAACAUCUGAUAGGAGUCUAAAAGAAGCUUUUGACAAGCAUGGGAAGCUUGUUGAAGCCAAGGUUGUUGUUGAUAAGUUGUCGGGGCGCUCUCGUGGAUAUGGGUUUAUCACUUUUGCUGAUAAAAAAGCAAUGGAAGAGGCAAUUGAGGAGAUGAAUGGGAUCGAUUUAGAUGGUCGAACUAUAACUGUUGAAAAAGCUCAUCCCCACCAAGGUUCAGGUAGUGAUUAUGGAGGUGGACGUGGAUCUGAUGGUGGAGGAAGUUGCUUCAAGUGUGGCAAGCCAGGACAUUUUGCAAGGGAAUGUCCUAGUAGUGAAGUUUCAAGAGGAGGUGGCGGCAGGUAUGGUGGUAGGGAUGAUAAGUACAGUGGUGGAGAAGAUUACUUCAAGUGUGGCAAGCCAGGACAUUUUGCAAGGGAUCGGAGUAUCCUAGUAGUGAAGUUUCCAGAGGUGGCAGCGGCAGGUGUGGUGAUAGGGAUGAUAAGUACAGUGGAGGAGGAGGAGGUGGUUGUGGUAGCCGCAGGGAUUCUGGUUCUGGUGAUUGUUCAAGCUCUGGAAGCGAUCGUUUUAGUUGUGACCGCUCUGGUCCAUAUGAGCGUCGGGAGACAGGAGGUUACCGUUCUGAAUAGAAUCAUGCUUUGGGGUCACAUAAAAUUUCCUCAAGUUUACGUAACAGUUCUUUUCACCACAGUUUGUUGGGUACUCGCAGAAUUUUGUUAAUGGGGUAUUGCAGCUUGAAUGGAAGGAGCUGGUCAACUGGGUUUCACCGUCUGCACUGAUUGAAGUUUCUUCUGGAUAUGUUCAGACAUCAACUAAUUUAGUUACUAGUUAGACCCCAGUAUUUUGAAUGUUUGAAUAUUGCAUAGAUAUUCUCCUUUUUUUUGUAGCUAAAUGCUUGACCAAAUGUUUUGAUCUGAUGAAAUUUUAUGCUUUUCAAUUUGGCCUUAUACUCCGUGAGUUCUCUG